GAAAAGUUUAUCUAAGAUUUCGGCGUAUAUAUAUGGUUGCGUUUCAAAGUAUUCCUUUGUGAAGUGAGAUCUUUACGUUUUUAUCAAAUGUCCUCCAACACAAGUACCUUGGUGGUAGAUCUUAGAUAUGAUAUCCCUGUUGCGGGUCUGGGUACUCCCGUGUUUUACAUUAUCCAUUCUUUAGCAAUAACGUGUAUCCUUAGUAGCCUGUUUUCAGCGGUUUCUGUGAUUUUUGUAUCCUUUCGAACAAAGUCUGCGAAAACUUUCUUUACAUCGUGGUCAAAAUGCGAGCGCUUUGUGGUAUACCUCGCUUUGUGUGACGGUCUGUUCAACAUGGCUCAUUUCAUGGAUCAUUUUCACAUGGCGGUUGUCAAAGACCAUGUUCAUCCGAUAGAAUUAUGUGAAUACUAUGGUUUUAUAGUGUUCAUGUUUAUUUCUGCCCAGAUGUUGCUUGUGUCACUGAUUGCUAUCAAUGCGUUUGUGUUGAUGAAAUUUGGUAAAAACUUAGACCUCGGCAAGUAUGAUUGGAAACUGCUACUGCUAACAUUUGGAUUUCCCUUUGUUGAGUGCCUCAUCGUCACUGUCGUGGGCAAAAUUGGACCGACGGGAGCAUACUGCGGGGUAACGGGAAGAAUUCCGACGCUCUUUCUGACGACAGUUCCAGUGUUAAUCGUCAUCACUCUGAACUCGGUCAUCUACACUCUCACUUGGUCGAAGAUACGGGCCGAAACAAAAAGACUGGAAGGCACUAUUGGAGAUAAGGCAAACUCGGACAGAAAAUCAACACAGGCUGCUAAAACCAUGUCUUUGUUCGUAUUGGUGUUUAUCAUUCAGUGGUGGGCUGCCGCGGUAAACGGGAUCUGGGGCAUGAUCGCCGAAAAUGUUCCUUUGGCAAUGUUUCUGCUUGUUACUUCAUUUUCAAACAUUGGUGGAAUUUUGAAUGGAAUAGUCUUCUUGAUCAUGCGCAGAAACAAGACUCGUAAAACUGCACCUAAGCCAACUGUAUCAAAGUUGAAAACCGGGGUCAAUGAAGUAAAGUAAUCUUUUUUGUUUUUGCAUAUCGGCUACAAUUUCAUAGAGUUAUACGAGUAUUUUUGUCAAAUUUUACUAACAAGAAUAGAGAGGACUGAACAUUUCCGAAAUAAUCCAAAUAUUAACUGUUUUAUAAUACUUUCUUCAAAUUGCUUUAAACGGCUUCUAACUAAAAUUCAAAAGUUAGAAUCUAAUAAAUUUAUGUUACAAGAUAUUCGAGAUCAUGUCAUAACGAAAUUCUGAAAAACCAAUAAAAU